AUGUCAGGAGCAAGAUCAACAACGGCAGGUGCCGUGCCCUCGGCAGCAACAACAUCAACAACAUCGAACAUUAAGGAUUCGGACUCUAACGAGUCUCUAUAUCCCUUGGCUUUGCUAAUGGAUGAGUUGAAACACGAUGAUAUUGCUAAUAGAGUGGAAGCGAUGAAAAAAUUAGAUACCAUUGCAUUGGCUCUCGGUCCUGAAAGAACAAGAACCGAGCUGAUUCCCUUUUUAACGGAAGUCGCGCAAGAUGAUGAAGACGAGGUGUUUGCCGUCCUAGCCGAACAGCUAGGAAAAUUUGUCCCCUACAUUGGUGGUCCUCAAUACGCCACGAUCCUAUUGCCAGUAUUGGAAAUUUUGGCGUCCGCAGAAGAAACCUUGGUUAGAGAAAAGGCCGUAGAUUCUCUGAAUAAUGUGGCCCAAGAGCUGUCUCAAGAACAAUUAUUUAGUGAUUUCGUUCCCUUAAUUGAACAUUUGGCUACUGCAGAUUGGUUCUCUUCAAAAGUUUCUGCUUGUGGACUUUUCAAGUCUGUUAUCGUAAGAAUCAAAGAUGAUUCAUUGAGAAAAAACAUUCUGGCCUUAUACUUACAACUCGCUCAAGAUGAUACUCCAAUGGUGAAAAGAGCCGUCGGUAAAAACCUACCCAUCUUGAUCGAUCUGUUGACUCAAAAUUUAGGGCUAUCUACAGAUGAAGAUUGGGAUUAUAUUUCUAAUAUCUUCCAAAAGAUCAUUAACGAUAAUCAAGAUUCUGUCAAAUUUCUGGCAGUGGAUUGUCUAAUUUCUAUCUUGAAAUUUUUUAACGCUAAAGGUGACGAGUCUCACACUCAAGAUUUAUUGAAUUCUGCGGUAAAGUUAAUUGGUGACGAAGCAUGGAGGGUACGUUACAUGGCUGCGGAUAGAUUUUCUGAUUUAGCCUCGCAAUUCAGUUCCAACCAAGCAUAUAUCGAUGAAUUAAUACAACCAUUUUUGAACCUUUGUGAGGACAACGAAGGAGAUGUGAGAGAAGCUGUGGCCAAACAAGUAUCUGGAUUUGCCAAGUUCCUAAAUGAUCCUUCCAUUAUAUUGAAUAAGAUCUUACCUGCUGUGCAGAAUUUAAGUAUGGACGAAAGCGAAACGGUGAGAUCUGCUUUGGCCUCUAAAAUUACAAACAUUGUAUUGCUGUUGAAUAAAGACCAAGUCAUUAACAAUUUUCUUCCGAUUUUACUGAAUAUGUUAAGAGAUGAGUUCCCCGACGUUCGUUUAAAUAUCAUUGCCAGCUUGAAGGUUGUCAAUGACGUAAUAGGAAUUGAGCUAUUGUCAGACUCUUUGUUACCAGCCAUAACUGAAUUAGCCAAGGAUGUGAACUGGAGAGUUAGAAUGGCCAUAAUCGAAUACAUUCCUAUUCUGGCAGAACAAUUAGGCAUGCAAUUUUUUGAUCAACAGUUGAGCGAUUUGUGUCUUUCAUGGUUAUGGGAUACUGUUUAUUCCAUCAGAGAAGCGGCAGUGAAUAAUUUAAAAAGAUUAACUGAAAUAUUUGGCUCAGAUUGGUGUCGUGAUGAAAUCAUUUCAAGACUGCUCAAAUUUGAUCUACAAUUACUGGAAAAUUUUGUCUCCAGGUUCACAGUACUAUCUGCUCUAACUACUUUGGUGCCUGUGGUAUCGUUAGAUGUCGUUACAGAACAACUCUUACCCUUCAUUUCUCACUUGGCCGAUGACGGCGUUCCAAAUAUUAGAUUUAAUGUGGCCAAAUCCUACGCUGUGAUAGUUAAGGCUCUAAUUAAGGAUGAGGCCAAAUAUGAUGCAUUAAUUAAGAACACGAUUUUACCUUCUUUGCAAACGUUGUGUCAGGACGAAGAUGUUGAUGUAAAAUACUUCGCUAAGGAAAGUUUGGCAGAAUGCCAACAACUUUUAAAAAAUUGA